UGCUUUCAGACCGCUGCGUUUAAGGCCUGGCUAAUGAAUUUCCUGUUUCACUGUCUUUGCUUUGGAUUCCGUUUGCUGCAGGCGAGUUGAGUCUGUAUUUAGACAGGCGAUGCUUAUUUUCUGCCUUAUUCCAGAUGUUGUGUCGUUAUUAGUUGGGAUUACUGUCUGUGAUGAGUCCUCAGCGUAACAUCAUCAAAACAACUUUAUUACAUAGAGCCGUGGCUAGCCAUUGUCAAGGUGCUGCUCUUGCUAUGUUAAAAUAUCCUCUCUGGACCAGGCAGUGUUAUUACCGAUCACAUUUGGUCAUUGGUUUUCCCAGAAAACUAGUUUAUGGAGUGAAGUAGACCUGCACACCUCACCUUCACAGCGCCACAGGUGUGAGGGCACUUGUCCCCUUCCAAAUUAUCAAUACUACUCUCCAACGUAAGUCUCCAAAAUCCUAGAAGUUUUUUGUUUUAAUCGCAACAACAAUGGCGGGGAAAGAGCGCAGUCCUCGUCACCGGCCCUGGUCUGUGUACCGUGCGAACACAUUUGAUAUCGCUGCAGAAAUGAUAGGACUCACAUUGACAGGGAACAGUCAGGAUCCUGACGAGCCUGUGUUAGAGUUCAGUCUGGCAUGUAGUGAGUUACUGACUCCAACAUUGGAGCGUAAACCCAGUAGCUUUGUGGCUGUGAGCUGCACCACCCCUCCUCAAGCGUUUUGGACGAAGCAUGCUCAGACUGAGAUCAUAGAGGGUACAAGCAACCCGAUCUUCCUCAGUAGCAUUGCUUUUUUUCAAGACUCUCUGAUUACCCAGCAGACUCAAAUGAAACUUUCUGUCUAUGAUGUCAAAGACCGUUCACAGGGCACGAUGUACCUGCUUGGUUCUGCAAUGUUUACAGUGAAAGAGCUACUGCAGGACAAAUAUCAUAGGCUACACCUCACACUGAGAUCAGCAGAGAAUGAGAAGAUGGGCAACAUCACCAUUAUUGCCUGGCAGAUGGAGGAGAAGAAAGACCAGAGAGCCCCACUGGCUCGCUCAGACACAGUUAAUGGCAGGAUGGUGCUGCCUGUUGAUGAGAGUCUGACUGAAUCCAUGGGAAUGAAAUCAAAAUCUGCUUCGCUGUGCAAAGACCCACUCCUAAGGGCAGUAUUUGGAGGUACAAUAUCACGGAUGUACCGUUUGCCCACCACGGAUGGGAACCAUCUGCGUGUCCUGGAACAGAUGGCAGAGAGCGUGCUGUCACUUCACAUACCCAGACAGUUUGUAAAAUUGCUACUGGAGGAAGAUGCUGCCAGGGUGUGUGAGCUGGAGGAGUUGGGGGAGUUGUCUCCAUGUUGGGAGAAUCUAAGGAGGCAGAUCAUUACGCAAUAUCAGACCAUCAUCCUCACCUAUCAGGAAACGCUUAGUGACCUGCAUGAGUACAAGGGUCCGUCCUUUAAGUCCAGCACUCUGAAAGCAGAGAAGAAGUUGGAGUUUGUGCCGACUAACCUUCACAUUCAAAGGAUGAGGGUACAGGGCGAGUCAGGCUAUGAACGAACCUAUGAUGUGGUCACAACUGGAGCCCCUGCAGCACACCAUCAAGGUUUUAAAGGCAGUGGAUUGAGGAAACUAAUUCAGAAGUUUGAGGAGUCCAAGAAACAUGCAUAUGAGGAUGAAGGUGCUGCAGAGUCCCAUUCCCAUUCCCAUUCCCAUUCAGGAGUUUACCAGCCACAGGAUGUGGUAAGAGCAAAAGAGAUAAUUUCCCACAUUAACACCCUGAAGACGCAAGUCAGCUACUACACAGAGCGCCUGUCACGGGCUGCAAAAGAGCGCUCUGCUAACGCACUGGAAAGAACCCUCGGCAUCCUCACAGAGAAGACAAGGCAGCUGGUGACAGUGUGUGACAACAAACUGCUAGCUAUAGCCAUCCAGGCUCUGAGUGCAGCACGGCCAGAGUUCAUCGCCUCUAAAACCUCUCCCUCUGGGCCGGACACUGAACGUGUGGUUCUGCGUAAUGACCAAAGCUCUUCACAAGCCAAGUGGACUGGUAAAGGGAACAGAGCGUCCAUGAACGUGGACUGGCAUGAGGAGGAGUGGGAGAAGGUGUGGUUGAAUGUGGACAAAAGUAUGGAGUGUGUAAUCCACUGUGUGAACAGGCUGUUAAUGAGGGAGCGGUUGCAGAGCGACAGUAGUGAGGACGUCUUCCUCUCUGACCAGCAGCCCAACACUAGCAAGAGAGGUAGCCAUGGCAAUGCCUUCUGGAUCAACCCCAGCAACCCAUCCUCAUCAUCUUCCUUGUGCAUCCCUUUAUCCUCAUCACAUCAUCUUCCUGAUUCCCAUUCAGCUUUAUCAUCCCCUUCAUCAUCUCUGAGUCCUGCAUGUGUAACCAGUUCUCACAGAUCGACCUAUGGAAGCCCUAAUGUCGAUGGCUGCUCUCCAGGUGAAUGGAGUGAUGCCCUGUAUCCUCUAUUGACUACACUGAAUGAGUGUGUAGCCAUGAUGAGUGACAUGGCAAAGAAAUCCAUGGUGUUUGUGCUGAUGCAGGACUGCGCUCCCACUAUCGCAAUGAGCCUGGCAUUACAGUACCGCAGAGACGUGGUCUUCUGUCAGACGCUGGCAGCUGUGAUCUGUGGUUUCGUAGCAAAGCUGAGGAACUGUUUGUGUGAUCAAGGCUUCCUUAGACAACUCCAUACCAUCGGCUUACUGGUCCAGUUUGAGGGUCUACUUAGCACUUAUGGGGAGGAGCUUGCCAUGCUGGAGGACAUGAGCAUAGGCAGCAUGGACCUUAGGAACGUCACCUUUAAGGUCACGCAGGCGACCUCCAGCUUCGGCCCCGACAUGCUGCCUGUUAUCACGGGGAACAGAGAUGGGUUUAAUGUGAGAGUACCACUGCCUGGGACAAUGUUUGACGUUUUGCCACGGGAAAUCCAAAACGGGAUGCUGCUACGUGUACAGCCAGUUCUGUUCAACGUAGGAAUUAAUGAACAACAGACACUUGCAGAGAAGUUUGGUGACACCUCACUACAGGAAGUAGUCAAUACAGAGAGUCUGGCACGACUCAACUCCUACUAUGAUCAGUUCAAGGAAGUGCUGCCUGAGGACUGUUUGCCUCGUUCUCGCAGUCAAUACUGUAUACCAGAGCUACUGAAAUUCCUCGCUCAGAAUGUGAACACCAAGAAGAAUAAGAAUGUGGACAUCCUUUGGCAGGCAGCAGAGGUUUGCCGGCGUCUCAGUGGUGUGCGGGUAACCUGCUGUAAGAGUGCAAAGGACCGCACGGCCAUGUCUGUAACUCUAGAGCAGUGUCUGAUCCUGCAGUUGGAGCACUGCAUGGCCCCACAGGUCUUAAGCCAGGCCCUGGACUGCAUGCGCAGUGAGGGCUGCAGGAGAGAGAACACCAUGAAGAAUGUGGGCAGCAGAAAGUAUGCCUUCAAUUCCCUUCAGCUGAAGGCCUUCCCCAAACAAUAUAGACCUCCAGAGGGUACUUAUGGUAAAGUGGAGACUUGAUUGGGACACUCAACUCCAACUGUUCUUGACCAGGCUGCUCUUCCCAUCAUCCUUUUUACUUUGUUGCCACUGAUCUGAAGGAAAUGUUACUGUGAAUUCAGUCUAAUAGAAUCUCACUGUAGCUGGCUAAAUAAGGUUGCAGGUCCCGAAAUUACAUAAAUCACUGUUCUCAUCUGACCUUUGAAUAUUAUAACGAAGUUGAUAAUCAGGAAUACUUGAUCAAGAGUGUGAUUCGGAAGAAUGGGACUCCAUUCAAUGUAUACUCAGCAACUAUGCUAAGGAAUUUCUUAAAAGCAACCCAUGCAAUUCUCACCGUUCCUUUAGUGCGUUUAGUCUGCACAGAACCUCAGUUUUACAUUCCCAGUGAAUGACACAGCCUUUGACAUGAAAAAAUAUAAAAUCACGAAAACAACAUCAAUUGUUUUUACGAUUUUUCAUCAGAUCGUUAUCAGAUUGAGCAUGUUUUCUUAAACAUAUCCUGGAGGUGUGUACAUGCUGAUAGACCGAAUUUACAAUAUCAUUUAUGCACAAUCUGCUAAUGUACUCCAUCAGAUGCAUCAAACACAUAAAUGAGCCUUGUUCAUUUUUCUGUUCAUUAAAUGUGCACAUUAUGCUGUAACUGGCGUGUCGCGUCAGUGAUGUGAAAGUGUGAGUCUAAUCAAGUCUUAUGUUAUCACAAGGCUGUACAUAUAAUGCUUUAAAUCAGCCCUUUAGCUUAUAAAGAGCAACAGUGUGCAUUUUACGGGUUGUAGAUUUCCAAGGAAAGGGCCUUUCUCAUGCUGUUGCUAAGCACAGGUAAUGUUUGUACAGUUAAUACAGUGGAAUGUUGUGAAUAGAUAUUAACAUCAUUUUAGCAAAAGUUGUGUAAGAUAAUUAAGACACUAUUCAGUCGUUGGUUGUUCAAUGUUUGUACAUGUGUUAUGUAAAUCUCUGGGUUUCUGUUGAUAUCAGUCAUUAUUAGUCUUACGGUAUGAAGAGCAUCCUCUUCUGAGUUAGUAAUAAAUUAUUCUGUUAUUAUUAUUUUUUUCUGAAUAAACCUUAAUUUUCCAUGUCAAAAAAAGAAGCUCUAUAAACACUUUAAUAUACAUCUCAAACCCUUCAUUAUGCUUAUAGCACGGAAAACUCAAUUAUGACACAAAAAAUGUCAAUAUGAUGAACUUACUAUGAAAAGACAUAAUGUGAAUUAUUGUUUGUUUUUAUUUGAUGGCUAUGUUACCAGUGUAAGAAUACUCCAGUAACAUUCUAGUAUCAUUCUGUUCUACAUUAAUGUUCCACACAAACACUGGAUUAGCUGUACAUAAUGCAGAAUUCAUCUAAACAUGUAGCUAUUAAAACAAGUGUUAUACACA